AAAAAUAGUAUAGAAUUUUACCAUCCACGCGUUCAAUACAACCAAGAUUUUGGUUAUUUUUUUUUCAUGCUCAUCAUUGUCUUCAUCGUUCCACAUGGUCGAUUUACGAAGAAAAGUGAAGAAAAAUUUUCAAGAAAUUAUUCUUUUACAAUCUGAUGCUGGUCACUUUUAUAAAACAUUUUGUUUGAAAUCAGAAUUAAUUUAUCAAAAAUCGUAUCAAUUACCGGUUCGUAUGAUGAGUAGUAGUUCGAAUCAACAGCAACCACCAUUGCAAGCUGGUGGUGAAGAAAAAUUGAGUAAAAAUGAAUUGAAACGAAGAUUGAAACAACAAAAAUUUGAAAAAAUGAAAGAAGAAAAAGCUAAAUCGAAACAAACUGAACCGGCAUCACCACAACAACAACAACAAAGUCCUUCAGCUGAUUCCGAUAAAGCAGCAGCAAAAGCUAAAAGUGAUGAAGAAUUGGACCCGAAUGAAUAUCAUGAAAAUCGAUCUAAAGAAAUUACUGAAUGGCGUGAAUCUGGUGAAAAUCCAUAUCCACAUAAAUUUCAUGUAUCAAUCUCAUUGACUGAUUAUAUUGAAAAAUAUUCAUCAUUGAAAAAUGGAGAGAUUCGUGAUGAUGUGAAAGUAUCGGUGGCAGGAAGAAUCUAUUCAAAACGUGAAUCUGGCGCUAAACUUAUAUUCUAUGAUCUUCGUGGUGAAGGAACAAAAAUCCAGGUGAUGGCCAAUGCUCGUUAUUAUGUUGAUGAAACGGAAUUUCAAGAAAUAAAUGGUCGAAUUCAUCGUGGUGAUAUUGUCGGUGCACUUGGACAUCCAUGUAAAACGAAAAAAGGUGAACUUAGUAUCAUGCCACAAAAGCUGGCCCUGUUGACGCCAUGUUUGCACAUGUUGCCCAAUCUACAUUAUGGUCUUAAAGAUAAAGAAAAAAGAUAUCGUCAACGUUAUCUUGAUCUUAUUGUCAAUGAAUCGACACGUAACAAAUUCGUUACCCGAGCCUGUGUCAUACGUUUUAUUCGUGAAUUUCUUGAUCGUAUGGGUUUUCUGGAAGUGGAAACACCGAUGAUGAAUAUGAUUGCCGGCGGUGCUACAGCUAAACCAUUUGUCACUCAUCACAAUGAAUUGAAUAUGGAUCUAUUUAUGCGUAUUGCACCAGAAUUGUAUCUGAAAAUGUUGGUCGUAGGUGGUUUGGAUCGUGUUUAUGAAAUCGGCCGUCAAUUUCGUAAUGAAAGUAUCGAUUUGACACAUAAUCCAGAAUUUACUACAUGUGAAUUUUAUAUUGCUUAUGCUGAUUACAAUGAUCUAAUGGAAAUGGUGGAAAAAAUGUUAUCUGGUCUAGUGUAUCAAUUGUUUGGUACAUAUGAAAUUUCAUAUCAUCCAGAUGGACCAGAUUCGGAUACCCCUCCGGUAACUAUAAGUUUUAAACCACCAUUUCGAAAAGUACAAAUGAUGGAAGAAUUGGAAAAUCGAUUGAAUGUAACAUUACCACCGGCCACUGAAUUAGAUACACCGGAGGCAAAUAAAUUAUUGACCGAUUUAUGUAAUAAACAUGAAAUUGAAUGUCCACCACCGCGUACAAGCGCCAGAUUAUUAGAUAAAUUGGUUGGUCAUUUUAUUGAAGAUCAAAUUAUUCAUCCAACUUUCAUUACUGAACAUCCGAUUGUUAUGUCACCAUUGUCGAAAUAUCAUCGUACUAAACCGGGUCUGACUGAACGUUUUGAAUUGUUUGUUCAUCACAAAGAAAUUGUUAAUGGCUAUACUGAAUUGAAUGAUCCAUUUGCACAGCGACAACGUUUCGAACAACAAGCUCGUGAUAAAGCAGCUGGUGAUGAUGAAGCACAAUUGAUUGAUGAAAAUUUCUGUACAGCAUUAGAAUUUGGUUUGCCACCAACUGGUGGUGUUGGAAUAGGUAUCGAUCGUUUAACAAUGUAUCUAACCAAUACAAAUAACAUCAAAGAAGUGUUAUUCUUUCCAGCUAUGAAACCUGAUGAAAAUCGUCAAGUAGCUAAAGAAGGGCCACCAUCAUCACCACCACCACCACCACAACAACAACAACACUGUCAAAUGAAUCGAAAUAAAUGGAAUGUGUGUGUGUGUGUUAGUAUUCAAUUUAUGUGA